GGUGUGUCAUGCUCUGGAUCUGUAUAUCUCUUCUGCAAGGGAAAGAAAAGGGUGAUUGCGUUGGAAAUAUUUGUAAAGCCGUUGUCUGUUUGCUUCAGCUACCACAUGUCCCUGAGGCGGUGAACUGUGACCCAGAGGGCCACAGGGCUGGAGCUCUGGAAAAGGAAAUGUGCACAUAGCUGGGAGAUGGUGCUAAUCUCAGAGGCUACGCUGUUGGACUGCAGGGUCUCAGUACUCAGAAGGGGGUGCUGGAAGGAAGAUCUGCACCUGAGAGUGUGCCUGGAGACACACAGGCAGAGGCAGGGCCUGGAAGCUGAGAGAACACAAGUCCAUUGUGAUGGGUCCCAAACACUGCAGCCUGCUGAGCGUCCAGCUGCGGAGUUUCAUCAGGUAUCUGACAAGUCAUCGUGAGUCUGUGGAAAAGAGCUCUUGUCAAACUAACAGCAUAUCUUUUUUUGACAAGAUCAUAAGCUGAGCAGGGAGCUUGGGUGCUCACGUGGACUGGGGAAGAGGACGCAGGGAGAUGGGAGCAGUGGUCUGGAGGGCUGAGAAGAGGAAGGGGGAGCAGGGUUAAUGGUUAGUUCCUCAAAAGAGACAAAAUACUGUUGAUGGGUCGCCUUAAUAAAAGGCUUGGAAACCACUGAUCUAGCAGAUAAAGGUCUCACAUGAGUCAGUGUCCGGAAGCUGAAGCUAGAUAAAUUUUGAACCGCAAGGAUAAUUAACCCUUGGAACAGCUCCCCAGACAAUUCUCCAUCACUGGCCAUUUUUAAAUCAAGGGAUCGGAUGUUUUUCUAAUAGAUCUGCUCUAGUUCAACCACAGCUAGUGGAUGUGAAACAGGAAUUAAUUCAGGCAAGUUCUAUGGCCUGUAUUAUACAGGCGCACAAACUAGAUGAUUAUGAAGACAUGGAAAAGGCCCACAGGCCUGGCCUAAGCACUCGUGACCAGGAAUCAGGCCGAGAAUUUGUUUUCAAUACUAGCAGGAGAAAGGAAGUUCCCAGCAUAACAAAGGGGUCGAUCGCUCAGCAGGUGGUGAUGGACAGACCCUUGUCACUGACACCCAGGUAUGGACUGGUCCAGUAGGAAGGACGGCCUAGUGGAUAGAUCUCUGAACUCAGGACCCUGACGUUCGAUCUCUGUCUCAGAGACAGGCUUCCUGUGUCACCUUGGACAGGUCAGGCAGUCUCCCUGGGCCUCCGUUCCCAUCGGUACCAUGGAGCUAACAGCCCUGCCCUGGCGCCCAGGGCGUGGGGCGGGUAAUGUCGCUCGAUGCUGCGAGGGGCUCGAGUACAACGGUGACGGGAGGGCGUAAGUACCCAGCUAUCCCAGACAGACCUUGGCCACAGCCUGUGAGGCUAUGGAUAGAGAGGAAAGCAAAGGAAGGCUGGGCUGGGGCUAGCGUGAUGGUGGGAGUGGAGCCCCGGCCCGGCCCACCUGUUCAGUGAGAGAGAGAGGCCCAGGCUGAGCCUGCAGAGGGGUUCAAUGUGCCCCCUGGGAGGGGGUUUCAGGGCCUCUCCCCAACCUGUCAGUGCCCCAUAUCCCAUUGACCCUCCCCAGGGGAGGCCCUUGCUCCCACACCGAGGCCCGUGGCCCAGCGUGUGCCAAGUCCGGCCUGGCUAUUGCAAUGUGAAGGCGGCAGGGAGGAGUUUCUGGGAGGGCUGGUUACUGGAGGGGUGAUGGGCAGUGGGGGGGUGCAGCCCCAAGCACACCAAGCAGGGGCUGGGAGAGCCCUGGGAGGUUCCUUAGGGGCUCUGCCAGGCCCCACACCGCCCCACCCCCUCUCUGACCAUCCCUGAGUGAGGUUAACUCUCUGAGUGAGGGGGCCGGAGGAUUCCUGUAGGGCCAUCAGCCCUAGAUUGGCCCUGCCAGGCUCCUCCUGCUCCAAGCCCACCUGCGUAUCUGCCCUGCAAUGGAGCUGUGGCCGUUUGGGCCCCGGAGAAGCCUGGGCCUGGGGGGGAGGGCAGCAGGGCCCUGGGGACCCAUGCCUCUCAGAGGAACCCAGAGCAGCAGGCCAGGCUUUUUGGGGGGCUAUGAGUCUGUGGAGGUGGUGGUGUGGGGGCUGGGGCUGGGCACUGCUCUGCAUGUGCCCUGGCUGGGUGUCUGCACUCCCAGCAGCAGGACUCCAAUGCGGGGCCGGAAAGCAGCCCCGUCAGGCCUUCUGUUGUGCCCGGGCUCACAAUGGAAAGUGCUGGGUUCAGCGGCUGUGCAUGGGGCCUGACAGAGGUUUCCAGUUCAUUGACUACAUUGCAAUAUGUGAUGACUGCGAGCAUCAGGGCAGACACUGAUGAGCUAGCACUUCCAUUGUGCUCCGGCCCGGGGGUCAGUCCUUGCCAGGCUAUAAAGUGGGGGCUUCACUGGACCCCAAAACACAUUCCCGUUCAUUCCACCGAGAAGCAGCAGCUGCCCAGGUAAGAAGACAAAGUACCCUGGGCCAAUGGCCAGCAGGCCAGAGGGCCCGGCCCAGGGAGCAGGGACGGACCCUGUCGAAGGGCCGGCAGGGCAGAGGGCCCGGGCCAGGGAGCAGGGACAGACCCUGUCGAAGGGCCAGCAGGGCAGAGGGUCUGGGCCAGGGAGCAGGGACAGACCCUGGAGAAGGGCCGGCAGGGCAGAGGGCCCGGGCCAGGAAAAGGGACAGACCCUGGCGAAGGGCCAGCAGGUCGGAGGGUCUGGCCCAGGGAGCAGGGACAGACCCUGGCGAAGGGCCGGCAGGGCAGAGGGUCUGGCCCAGGGAGCAGGGAUGGACCCUGGCGAAGGGCCGGCAGGGCAGAGGGUCUGGCCCAGGGAGCAGGGACAGACCCUGGCGAAGGGCCGGCAGGGCAGAGGGUCUGGCCCAGGGAGCAGGGAUGGACCCUGUCGAAGGGCCGGCAGGUCAGAGGGUCUGGCCCAGGGAGCAGGGACAGACCCCGGCGAAGGGCCGGCAGGGCAGAGGGCCCGGGCCAGGGAGCAGGGACAGACCCCGGCGAAGGGCCGGCAGGGCAGAGGGCCUGGGCCAGGGAGCAGGGACAGACCCUGGCAAAGGGCCGGCAGGGCAGAGGGCCCGGGCCAGGGAGCAGGGACAGACCCCCUCUCUGGGCCAUGUGCAGGGAGUGACCCCAAAGGGGCACGGGCAGGGCACAGGAAUCCAUUAUCCCAGCACCCACCCAGCCCCAGUUAUUUCUUGCCACUCAACUGCAAAAGAAGCAACCAGCUAAAGAGGGGCAAGGAGGCAGCGUGGGCCUAGGGUCGCCAGCGCGAGCCCCCCGAGGGCAGGGGGGCUGAGGCAGUCAAAGGGGAUGGCAGGACUCCAUUGGGUGUGGAGGACCAUUGCUGGCUCGCUGGGCUAGCUGCAAGCGGACUGUGCGGUGGGCAGAGCAGCCCAAGGGAGGAGAGAACAACCCUCUGCUGGGGCCUCGGUCAGGGGAGGGGGUGUUUUGUGACAUACACACUAACCUGCAAACGAUGUCUCCUUUCGGUGCCCCUCUUCCACCUGAGCUGACCACAGCCAUGGCGGAGACCAUGAAAACUGCUGCUGCCAGCCAGGCUGCUGAUGACAAGGAGAAGGGAGCUCUGGCCCCAGCCCCAUAUCCAGACCACACUCCUGUUUCGAACACGAAGGCUGAGCAACCUUCCAAGCAAGCUUUCAGGAUCGUCAUCUUUGAGCAGGAGAAUUUCCAGGGCAGGAAGAUGGAGUUCACAAACGAGUGCCUGAACCUAGGCGACCGUGGGUUCGACCGGGUGCGCAGCGUCAUUGUCAGCACUGGCCCCUGGGUGGCCUUUGAGCAGUCCAACCUGCGCGGAGAGAUGUUCAUCCUGGAGCGGGGCGAGUAUCCUCGCUGGGAUACCUGGUCCAGCAGCUACAGGAGCGACUGCUUCAGGUCCAUGCGUCCCAUCAAGAUGGCGGCUGAUGGCUAUAAAAUCUCCCUCUUUGAAUCUGCUGACUUCAAGGGCAACAAGAUGGAAAUCCAGGAAGACGACGUGCCCAGCCUCUGGGCUCACGGCUUCUGUGACCGGGUGGGAAGUGUGAAAGUGUCCAGUGGAACCUGGGUUGGAUACCAGUAUCCUGGCUACCGAGGCUACCAAUAUCUCUUUGAGAGAGGAGACUUCAGACACUGGAAUGAAUGGUCGGCCUUCCAGCCCCAGGUCCAGUCUAUCCGUCGCAUCAGGGACAUGCAGUGGGAUCAGAAAGGCUGCUUCACCGGUCCUGAUGCUCCUUCGAAGUGAGCGUGCUCCCUGCUAGCUAGCAAUCCUGGGCCACGUAGCACCUCGACACCCCUGCUACUUUCUGUGAACAGCCCCCAUCUCACCUCUCUCUCGCAUCCCCUUUCUCGGCACUUUCCUUGUAUAUUGCACAUUUAUUGGAUGUCCUGUACAUUGUGAUGCAAAAUCAAUCAAUACAAAAAAUCAGACAACUA